UGGUGUAGCAGCGCGUGCACGGACGCGGCGCGUGGCAUGGCAGCAUGCUAACAAUAGCUAACUCCGUCUUGAGGAGCAUUUGGCGCUCUCCAUGGGGGAAAGUUUGAAUAAAGGGAACACAGACGCCUUAAUUCAACCGUUAGCAGAAAGAUUCAAUCCGACAUGUUAUGAGAAGAGAGUAGAAAUUCAGCCUCGGAUCAACCAGAGAUGUUUGGAUUUCACAAAUCCAAGAUUUAUCGCAGCCACGAAGGCUGCUGCAUUUGCAAGACCAAGUCCUCCAGUUCCAGGUUCACAGACAGCAGCAGAUACGAGGAGACCUUCCGCCUCUGCUUCGGUUUAUCUGAAGACCGAGUCGGCGACAUCUGCAACGCCUGUGUACUGCUGGUAAAGAGAUGGAAAAAGUUACCCCAUGGAUCGAAGAAGAACUGGAGUCACGUGGUGGACGCGAGAGCAGGACCUGGCUUCAAGCUGACAAAACCCAAAAAAGUGAAGAAUAUCGAUGGGAAGAAGAAAAGCAAGCUGAAGAAACUGCACAAGUUUAAACGGCAAAAUUCUGAUGCCCACAGCACUACAUCCAGCAUGUCUCCCUCUCAGUCCCCCAGCCACAGCAACCAAUCAGACGAUGGCUCAGACGUUGAGACCAAGCAGAGGCGCCCGACUCCAGCAGGCUUCUCGUUUCUUGACCUCUCCUACUGGAAAAGACAGAAAGUGUGCUGUGGCAUUGUAUACAAAGGGCGUUUCGGUGAAGUCAUCAUCGACCCGCGCCUCUUCAAGCCCUGCUGCGGCUCCAAGCAGCCGCCGGCCGUGACGUCGCCCGCCACGGACUCCCCGUGCGCCGCCGACACGAUGCCAUCUCCCCUCGCAGAGGACUUGAAGGAGACCUGGUGACCUCGUUGCACCUCCGAGCGUCUCCUCAAGGCGUGGCUUUGUCUCCAGUGGCAGACUCUAUCAUUCCCACAUGACUGUAUAAAUGCUGAUUCUUGCUUUUUUUUUGGUUCAUUUGUUAUAGCGAUUUCCUUUUGAGAGAAUUUUUUUUUUUUUUUUUUGUAAAGAAAACAAGAAAAAAAUCAAUUAAAAAAAAUUAAGUAUGGGCAUUAGUAAAUAUUCAUAGGAUCAGGAUCAAAUUGACGGUUUAAGACUUGUAAUCCUUUUUUUUUUUUUUUUUUUUUUUUUUUUUUUUUUUUUUAAAUUAUAUUUUUUAUAAAUAUUUUUGGGACUGUAUAAUAUUUUGCAUUUUUGUAGUGCUUGUAAAUAUUUUUUUUCUUCAAUUCCAGUGCACCAAAAGCCUCCUAUCUGGCUCCUAGUUUCCUGUGUGUACAUUGAGUUAUAAAUGUUCAUGAAAUACGGCAUAUUGAUGUGUCCCUGACGUUGCUCAAUGUGUUGAUGAAAUGGUUCCAGUUUUUAAACAAAUCAGCUGUACUGUGUCUACGAGCUCAUUUGAUCUAGAUGUGCUGGUAGAGUGGUCAGUUUUAUGACACAGUGUUUUGGUUGGCAAGGUUUGAACAGGCUGAUUAAUAUUCACAAAGUGAUUAUAUCUCAGUUUUUGUCCAUUAAAUGCAUGCAUGUCUGUUAAUCUGUCAUUCCUAAUUGCUAUUGUCACAAGACCACAGAAUGCGGGACACAAACCUUUUGCCAGUCCAUCCAACAAUAAACGUGCAUGCUAAUAUUGAUAUUCAAAAUGAUAUUUAUUAUAGCAUGCUAAGUCAGCAUGUACUAAAUGCAUCUUCAGUUAUAUUGCUUAACAUUCAAUGUGAUGGUGUGAAUUUUUAAAUUUUUUUUUUGGUUAACAUUGAUCACCAGUAAUUUUUCACUACAGAUUUUAACAGCAUCUGUUGAUACCGUGAUUUAAAAAAAAAAAAAAAAAACUAUUUUGGCAGCUGCUUCUAGCCACUGCAUGCUUCUCACUUUUGUAAAUGUGUUCCUGUGUAAAAUCAGCAAUAAUGUUAACUGUUUGCAUCAUGAUACAGUGUGCAGCUUUUAAAUUCUACAAUGUGAUGGCUUUUCGCCUUUUGCAACGGGUUUUUUUCUACUCAGGCAGCUUAUAAUCCGAAGUAAUGGCGCGAAGAAGUUCACAUUUAAAUGACACAUUUAAAAUAAGUUUCAUUUGUAGGAAAUAAGAAAUGACAUUAAGUCUUCAUUAUAUUGUUGGAAUGAAUUAACGAACAGCAAUAGCGCUCUCUGGCUUCCAGAAUACCAAGUUGGUUAUUUACAUGAUGUCAAUAAGGUUCAGGGAAACUAUUUACUUGGUACAUUUUCAGUCACUGUUAAUGUGCCUUAUGAGAGAUUUAACUGAACAUGAAUUUGUCUUUUCUAAUUUAUACUAUUUAUUCAAACAUGUCUGUACAAUUGAUGCUGUAAAGAGGUUAUGUGCACCUUUUAUACAUUUAUAAUGUUUUUAUAUUUUUUUUAAUCUUGAUUGUCAUUACAUCUUCAAUUUAAUAAAUCUUGUAUGCAAUACA